AUGAAAAUUGGUUCAUAUGCCCUACAAAUCUGUGACGCGGCUCGGCGUUCGCAGCGGAGAAAAGAUACCCCAGACAUUUACCUACCAGAACCAAGUGCGGAAUCGCUUACAGCAAUCGCUCAAGCGAUGGGUGCAGCUGGGUUCGAAGACUACACUGAAGGAAAGGCCCUCGUCAAGAGACUGAUACCUGCUGAUAACCAGCCUGAUCUAGACAUUGUUGAACAUCUUGGUGUGAUUGGCAGAGCGGGUGUAGACUUCCCGGCACUGCCCAAUAUCCCUAGUACUGGUUUUAAUUGCAAGAACGUGCCCACUGGAUAUUAUGCUGACCUGGAGACAGAUUGCCAGGUGUUCCAUAUCUGUGACACUUCUCGCAAGAUCUCCUUCUUAUGUCCAAAUGGCACCAUCUUCAGCCAGUCGCAUCUUAUCUGUGAUUGGUGGUUCAAGGUGGACUGCGCAUCAGCUCCAGCUCUUUACGAGUCCAGCGUUGAGUAUUAUUCGAACGAACAAAAGAAGUCGCAAAGAAGCAACCAUAACGUUGUGAGAAAUCCAGAUCUCCAACAAAUUGGUGCCGAUACUAAUGUUCGGGCAGAAUCUAGAAGAGCUCCAGUAAACGUACCGACCACUACUGAAAGAUUCUUAAGACACAAACAGAAGCUGCAAAGUGAUAAUCCCUCAUCAAAUGAACCUAAUGGGAAACCAACAGCAAGAAAUUACCAAGCUCUAUUUGAAGUAAAUCCAACUCAAAGAGCUCAGACUGUCGCUGCAUUCGAAAAUAGAAGAAAAAAUCUAGUACAACUCAUUUCCAAUAAUUUUGGAAACGGUCCUGCAAAAACAACAUUACCAGUUUUUGACAGCUCUACUUAUAGAACUGCUGUCCCUGUGUAUGAUCAUAAUAGUCUUAGAGAAAUGCAGGUAGCAGCCGAAACAGCUUCAUUUGCACAAAAUCAAAAUAGACAAUUCUUACAAGAAUACAAUAGCAAAAAUUUUAGACCAUUUCCAGUAUAUACUCCCAAUUCAUCUUCACAGAGUAAAACCAAUAACCCAUCAUUAACAACAUUGUAUGAUAUUCAUACAAAACAAACAACACAAUACUUACAAGAAGCGACAACAAAACGACAAACAUUAGUCCCAUAUACUAAAAGCUAUGCGAGCACAGUCAAUGAAAGACGAGAGCCUUACACAAGGCCAGGAAUAUCAUUGCUAAGAGAUUUUCUUGAAAAAGAGAAAAAUAAGACAUUAUCAACCACUACUGAUAAAUUAGUUGCAGCUACGGCCCGAAGCGAUAAAUUCGAAAGUCAACCUAAUCCAGAAAAAGGAGUAACGGCCGAUCCUAAAGAUACUUUCGAAUCUGUUACUAAGAUUCCAGAUACUACAGGGGACGAUAAACCUAUCAAAACUGCAUCCACUGCUGGUGAAGUAUAUUCUAUCUUAAACCAAAAUGAACCAACAACUGAAGAAUCUUAUCAAUAUCGUCGAGAUAGACUUAUGAGAAAAUUAAAUCUCGAGACAUCAGAUACCGAGGAACCUACUACUGCCACAACAGAAAAAGAUUUCGGAGUCAAACAAAGACAGAGAUUAGCCGUACCUCCAUCGUUAACCCCUAAAACAUUACAUUCUUUAGCCAUUUACUAUGCCACUGCUUUAGAUAAUUUAUCUACUACCUCGAACCCAGAGGAUGACGAAACUACUACACCUAGUAUUGAUGAAUAUGAAUCACUGGAUCAUAGUUUGCCAGCUUUAUUCAGUCAUCAAACAAUUACUAAGUAUGGCAACCUUUUUGGACAUGGUAAAGAUAAUGCGGAAUUAUUAGAGGAUAUUAAACUUGAUCCUAAUGGCACAUACAACGAACUUGCAGAAGAUUUAUCUAUCCAAAUGAGUCAAGGACCAUUAGCUACAUCCCCACAAAUAAGAGAACUUGCCCAAGUAUUUACACAUGCACUUUCUGCUUAUCUUCAAGAUCCAGUACAGUUUAGGAAAGUACUUUCAGACAUAAGACCGACACAUCCGUCAUUUGCAGAAGUUUUUACUACCACUGAAGAGCCAUCUAAUACUGAACCAACAACAAUGGUCAACGAAGAAGACGAUGAAUUGUUGGGUUUCUCUGAUGAUCACAAAGUAAGGGAAACUCAAAAUUCUCUAAGAGGAGGUAAAGCUUUAAAUAUUAUUAAUGAUUAUCCCACAACAGUAGAAGAAUUAAGUACUACAGUUAAACCAACUACCGAAUUGCCUUCAACCUAUUUUUCGGUAAGACAAACAACUCCCAGAAGUCCAUUUAGAUGUUGUGGCAGGAUUUCUGCGUCUUACACUACUGCUUCUACGUCGAGGGAUGUUUAUUCUACUUUAUUCCCAUACACAAAAGCUGCAGCCGUAAAUGUAAAUACGCUAGCAACAAAUACUCAUAGCGAAGGUGCAUCUACUACUGAGAAAAUUACGACAUUUAGGCAUGGAAGUAUAAGAGACAGUGUUUUCCCAUCUUAUGGUAAAACUGUAAGUUCUUCAGAUGUGACGCCUUUUAAUGAUGUAUCAGAUGUAACAACUGUGCCUACAGCAUUUGGCCUGGAUGUUAUAGAGUCUACCUUAUCCCCUAUAACUAAUUCACAUCAACUAUUUGAAAGCAAAAAAAUCAAAUUUCCAAACUUUUUUCCAACCACAACACCCGCAUAUAAUACUGAAACAGAUAGUAUUGAAUUCGAAAAUGAAGAAGAAUUGCAACGUGCUCACAGCCAAUCUUUCGUGUCACCUCAAUCAAACAGUUUACGUCAAGGUAAACAACUAAAACAAGAGGAUAAAAAAAAUAUAAGAAAACCGUCAGAAAAUUUGGAAGCACCAACACAAUCAACUGCAGAUCCCACUACAGCACAAACCACUACUCAGGCAACUACUACUCUUCGUGACCAAACUGAAACUUUAACAACAGCAAGUCCUUUAGUAAGCAAUAUAUUUACAUCUCCGGAUAGUGAAAAAUCGACAAACGACUUCCAAUGGCAAACUACGUUCGGAAAUUGGCAAAGCACUAUUCUUGAUCCAAUUACUUUAAAUGAUGGACUCAGCCCUACAGGUCCUGAACAAGGAGUAUCAGAAAUUGCUCAACAAACCAAUUCCUGGACACUCGAUACUGCAACUACCCCUACUCCUACUACAUUUUUAACAACCAAUGAGCCUGUUGUCUCAUCAACUGUAAAUGUAGAAAUUAUCACAAGUGAUAAGCAAAACGAGCGAUAUGGUAAAUUUCUCAGAGACUCUACUACAUCCACUGAGCCCGCACAAGAUUUGUCAACAGUAACUGAUACUAUCGUAGAAAAAGCUAAAGAAAUAAUGGGAGGAAUGAACGCCACUACUACACAAAAACUAAUGAACGUUAUGAAAAAGACGAAAUCAAAAACCGUUAAGCGAUUAAUUUUAUUAUUAGUACAGACUUGUGACGAUGAUCAUAAUUCUACUGCUGAAGCGUCCAAAAAGGCUUUACUUGAAGCACUGAUGGCAGUUUCGCAAAAAGAUAUGGACGAAAUCGCCAAAGAGGAGGAUCUAACAGAAGCUCCGUCAACAGUUUCUGAUGUAGAAUAUGUGAAAACGACAGAAUUCCAACGUCGUCUGGACAGAAUACCAGAUAUAAAUCGACGAAGCAAGAACUUGAAUAUAGAAGCUGAAGAAAUAAAUGCUUUAUCAAGCCCCACAACAACAGAGAGUCUUAAGACUGAGGAGACUACGCAGUACACAACAACUAGUACGUCAAGAAGUACUCCAAAACGUAGAGGUGGAAGGAAGUAUGUAGCUAAGACAACUGAAGUCGAACAAUUCGGGACAACAAUUCCCGACCGACCAAUCGCCGAAGCGAGAGUUGCUCCUCAAGGCGAAUUAAAAGUCCAAUCAGACACUCGGGCGUUAGAGCUACUACGAUCUCUGUACACAAUCGCAGCAAGAUGGGGU